CCUACCUGUGAUGAUUCCACCAUCUGCAACAACCCCUGUCGGUGAUGCUGCACUCUUACCAAAUGUGGCUUCUCAGGAAAUCUGGAGGUCACAAGUUCCAGGUUAUUCUGGAUCGGUCACAAGGCACAUAAGUCAUCGGGCCAACAACUUCAAGAGACAUCCAAAGAGGAGAAAACACAUCCGGCCUUCACCACCGCCACCACCAAAUACUCCGUGUCCUAUUGAUUUGAUUGACUUUGGGGAUCUUCAGCCUCAGAGGUCUUUCCUAGAACUCCUCUUUAAUGGGUGCAUUCUCUUUGGGCUCGAGUUCAGCUAUGCCAUAGAAACAGCCUAUGUCACCCCUGUGCUGCUUCAGAUGGGGCUUCCAGACCAACUGUAUGGAAUGGUGUGGUUCAUCAGCCCUAUAUUAGGGUUCUUGCUACAGCCUUUGCUGGGAGCCUGGAGUGACAGAUGCACAUCAAGAUUCGGGAGGAGGCGACCUUUCAUUCUGGUCUUAGCAAUAGGAGCGUUGCUUGGGCUCUCGCUUAUGCUUAAUGGCAAAGAUAUAGGGAGCACCUUGUCUGACACUGCGAGUAACCACAAAUGGGGUAUCAUUCUUACGGUCUGUGGUGUUGUCCUCAUGGACUUCAGCGCAGACUCAGCAGACAAUCCCAGUCAUGCCUACAUGAUGGAUGUGUGCAGCCCAGUGGAUCAAGACAGGGGCCUCAACAUCCACGCUUUGUUAGCAGGUCUUGGAGGUGGCUUUGGUUAUGUUGUUGGAGGAAUACACUGGGAUAAAACCAGUUUUGGAAAAGCUGUGGGAGGGCAACUUCGUGUCAUCUAUGUCUUCACCUCAGUUACACUGACUAUCACUACUGUGCUGACUCUAAUUAGCAUUCCAGAAAGACCCUUAAGGUCCUUUGUCAGGAAGAAAAAGGUGAUGAAGAGUCCAAGUCUUCCUCUCCCUCCUUCUCCACCUUUCUUCUUUGAGGAGGGUGUAAAUGAAAACUUUGCUUCUCAUAACUCAGCUCACUUACAUGCAAGUUUUUCGAGUCCCGUUUCCCCCCUCAGCCCACUCACACCCAAAUAUGGCAGUUUUAUCAGCAGAGACAAUUCCUUGACAGGAAUUAAUGAGUUUGCAUCAUCAUUUGGGACUUCAAAUAUUGACAGUGUGCUUAUAGACUGUUUUACAGGCGGGCACAAUAGUUAUGUAGCACUUCCAGCCAGCCUGCCCAGGCAGCCUGUCAGCGUCAGCUUCCCUCGGGUGCCUGAUGGCUGUUACCAAGGACAAAAUGGAGUUCUGGAGCAAGGGGAGAGCAGCACAACACCGGGGCCUGACGGCGAGGUGCUGAGGGUGGGCUCACUGGAUACCAUAAAGCCACGGUCAUCAGGGAUCCUGAAAAGGCCUCAGACCUUGGCCAUUCCAGAUAUCGUAACAGGACACUGUCCAGAAAAUAGCAGAAGAAGAAAUGUAACCUUCAGCCAACAGGUUGCUAAUAUCUUGCUGAAUGGUGUCAAGUAUGAGAGCGAGCUGAAUGGAUCAGGCGAGACCACUGAGCAGCCACUCUCCAUGAAGCUUCUUUGUUCAACCAUCUGCCAGAUGCCCAAGGCUCUCCGCAACCUCUGCAUCAACCACUUCCUAGGAUGGCUUUCAUUUGAGGGGAUGUUACUCUUCUACACUGACUUCAUGGGAGAAGUAGUGUUUCAAGGGAAUCCGAAAGCACCUCACAACUCAGAUGAGUAUCAGAAGUACAACGCUGGGGUCACCAUGGGCUGCUGGGGAAUGUGCAUCUAUGCAUUCAGUGCUGCUUUCUAUUCAGCCGCGCUGGAGAAGCUGGAAAAAAAGACUCUUUGCUUUGUGGCAUAUUUGUCCUUCGGGCUCGGCACGGGUCUGGCCACGCUCUCCAGAAACGUCUAUGUGGUGCUGUCACUGUGUGCUACCUACGGCAUCCUCUUUGCCACGCUCUGCACGCUGCCCUACUCCCUGCUCUGCGACUACUACCAGAGCCAUGAGUUUGUAGGCUCGCAGGCGGAGGGCACACGGCGCGGGAUGGGCGUUGACAUCUCCCUGCUGAGCUGCCAGUACUUCCUGGCGCAGAUCCUCGUGGCCCUGGCCAUGGGACCACUGACAGCAGCUGUGGGCAGCGCCAGCGGCGCCAUGUAUUUCGCCAGCCUGAUGUCCUUCCUAGGCUGUCUCUUCUCCUCCCUCUGUGUCACCUAUGAGCUGCCGCCUACCGAGGAGCUGCCUCCCGCUGAAGAGCAGCGCCCGCUCUUGCCCCGCGCGCGGAACGAAUAAAUGGGAGAAG